CUACCCUUCGUCCCCGCGGGCAUUCGCAGGCAGAAUAUUGUUAGUUUCAAUAUUGUAGGCACCAGUAACAGUCGCAUACUGCCCUGCCAGCUAGCUCAGAGUUCUGCGGACACUGCGCCAACGCGUUCACUUCACUCCAGUGAGAAUUUGCAAGCUACUUUCUUACCUGGAACAAGCUAUUUGUUGCUCAUGAUAACUUGCGGGGCCUUCGCGCGCCCGUUGUCUGUAUUUGAGUUCUGGUCUCGCUUCCGAGUCUUGACCUGAGGGCUGAAGGAUUGAAGUCGACACAUGCUAGGGCAACAGCAAGUGCCUUCAGCUCCCACAGCGGGAGGGUUCAGCCUCGGACAGGCGGGAGUGGGAGCGAGCCCAAACCGGAAGGCUGCGUCGACGCGUGGACGAAGCAGCGUGGCGUCGAGAAUACCUUUAAAGCCUGCAUCUGCCAACGCCCCGGUUCCUGCCUGGUCCCAGGCCCCAUCAGCAGGCGCUAGCUCAGGGUCUGCAACAGCUGCCUUGGGCUUAGGCUCUGCUCUUCUGCCUCAGCAGGCCGCACAGCCAGCCGCGCAGCCAGGGCCAGCCUUCGCAGCCGUACCGGUGCCGGCACUGGGCGUGAAAUUUGCGGUUGGAGCGGCGAGCGGCCAACCGGUUGGACUUGGGACACCCCGCGGCAAUCGGCCGAGGACCAGCUCCGCCACAGCACGGCGCGGCGCCACCAGUAGCAGCGUCGGGACCAGCGGCGCGAGCGCCGACGCGCCCACAGGGACAGGGGCAGCGGCAGCGGGGGCAGGGACAGCACCGGGGGGAGGCGCGCCAGCGGCCACUCCAGGCUCAGUACCUCCCUUCUCGCCCAUUGCGCUGACGCCCAUGGACGGGACCACAUACCUGCGGCAGUUCGGCGGGGGGCUGGGCGGCGGCGCGCCGGCCUCAGGCGCCGGCGCCUCGGUGCGCAGUGGACUGUCGCCCAUGGACAUCACGCCGCAGGGCUCUGUGGGGUCGGCUGCCUCCGCCGCCUCCAACAUGUUCGUGUUGUCGCCUCUGGCUGGCGGCUUCGGUGCUUCGGCUGGAGCGCAACAGGGUGGCGGUAGUGUCAACGGCGGCGGUCCAACCGCCAUGCCUAUCAGCCCCAUGCCCUUCCAGGGCUUCGCCGCAGCUGCAGGCGCGCCGCCUACACCCACGCCCAUGUUCACUGCCGGUGUCGUGCCGGCACCAGCAGCAGCGCGGCCGCACGCGGCCGCGCCGGCUGUGCCCGCGCCAGCGUUCGUGGUAGGCACUUCCGCCAGUAGCGGCACGAGCAGCAGCGGCGGCACAGCUUCGUCUGCUGGCGGGGCAGCAAAGCCGCCCAUCCAGAUUCACAUGCCUGGGGCACGCGAUGUCGCUGACAUGUUCACUGCCGCAGCAGCUGCAUCGACGGCGUCCACAGCAGCAGCCUUCAGCGCCACCGGCGGCACAAGUACAAGCAGUGGCGGUGCGGCGCCUGUCCGUCCUGCCAGCGCCGCAGCGCCAGCCCAACCCACCGCUGCUACCGCUGCUGCCGUGUUCGGUGCCGCGGGUAAGAAGCCCGGGGCUGAGGCCGCAGGGGCCUGUGCAGGACCUGGCGGCGUGCCGGCCGGCGCGUCCUUCCGGUCAGGCGGCAGCAGCAGCGACCUGCAGCCUCCCAAGGACAGCAGCGCCAAGCUGUCCCGCGAGCCCAGCGGCAGCAGCAAGCCGGCCAACGGCUCGUCGUCAUGGGCGCACGUGCCUGUGCCGCCCGCGGCAGCGCCUGCCACGGCCCCCGACGCGCCGUCGCGCACAGCGCCUGCUGCCGCUCCCGCUCCUGCCGCUCCCGCUGCACCCGCACCCGCCUCCCAACCUGCCGCCUCGGGGUCCUCGGCCUCUGACGCGCUUUCGACGCGCGUUUACCAGGAGUGCUACGCGGAGAUGCGCGGCCGCGCGCUCACGGGCGGCUCCGCCUCUGCAGCGGCGGAGGCGACGGCGCGGUCGGUGGCUGCGCGCGCCGUGGAGCUUAUGAGCGCCGCGCCCACCACCCGCAUGCUGGUGGAGAAGCUCAUAGAGAGCGGCUCCUGCGCCGACGUGAUGAUCAAAGCCGCUCUGGACAUGCCGGAGCCGGCCAAGGCGGCUGACACCGCUGCGGCGGCUGCGCCGCCUCUGGCUGCGCCAGUGGCGGCGGCUACGCCGCCGCAGCAGGCGGAGGCCGGGGGGCCAGGCCGCGCGGAGGCGGCUGUGGAGUCGAUGCUGAAGGAGAUGAAGUUGGAGGACCAGCGGACCGCAGGGAUUGCGGGGACGGCUGCCGCGCCGUCAAUUUCCGGUAGCGCGGGGUCACCGUUGUCAGUGCCGUUCGUGUUCGCCGCUCCGCCCGGUGGCAACAGCUCGAGCGCCAGCACGUGCAGCGCGGCGCCGGCACCCGCGCCUGCAGCUGCGGCCAUGCCACCUGCGGCGGCGGACCCAGCCCCGGCCCCUGCGGCAGCGGCAGCGGCUGGCAUGGCCUCGGGGCCGGGGCCACAGCCUGCGGUGCACACGCAUGUGCCGUUCGUGUUUGGAUCCACGGGCGGCGGCGCGGCUGCACCUGCUGCACCCGCCUUCACCUUUGGCGGCAGCCCGCCGCCCGGCGCCGCCAAGCCCGCCACCUCCAGCUCGAGCACGGGCGGCGGCAUCCCUUUCACGUUCGGUGGACGCAGUCCGGCCGCGGCGGCUGAACAGGCCAGGCCGUCAACCUCCAAUGUGUUUGCCGCAGCGGCAGCCACCUCUGCUGCCGCCUUUGCUACCGCUGGCACCACGCGGCCGGCAUCGGCGGUAGCGGCAGGAGGAGGCACCUCGCGGAGCAGCGGCGCUGCCGGCCAAGUGCCGCCGGUCUCAUCCUCAUCGGGAUGGACCAACGUGCCCCGCGCGCCCGCGACCAGCGCGGCCGCAGAGUCGGUGAAGUUCAACGUGGGGGCGGCUGCAGCGGGCGGCGUGGGUGGGGCCGCUUUCGCGGGCGCGGGCGAGGGCGCGGCGGCCGCUGGCGUGAGCGGCACCACGCCCGGGAGGGCGAGCGCGAAGGGUCGCGCCAAGGUGACCCCGCGCAAAGGCCGCGCGCCAUCUGCCUCAGCCACUUCAGCCGGCGGCGCGGCCUCAGCCGCCACUGCCGGCGCUGCCGCGCAGACGAGCUCAGUAGCCCUGGGCGGCGGCAGUGCCUUCAACGCCGCCGCGUCCACGGCGGCCCCCGCCACCUCUUCUGCCACCUCCGCGUCGGCGAGCCGAGCCGGGACUGCAACAGCAUCUACGGCCGAGCAGCCGCAGCGCUCUGGCGCCUCUUUCUCGCAACAGCAGCAACAACAGCAGCAGGCCGGCGACAACAUGCCGUCUGUGCAGGCUGUACGGCUGAAGCGCACGGCGGACGAGAAGAAGCAGCAGGGCAAUGCCAAGUAUGAGCAAAACGACUUCAGGACGGCGGAACGGUGGUACACCGAAGCCAUUGACCUGCUGGAGCAGCAGCUGCCGGGGCUGGGGCUGAGCGAGCAGCAGGCCGCGGCGCUGUUCCCCAACCUCAAGACCGAGGUCGCGGUGCUGUACAGCAACAGGUCCGGCGCGCGGCUGAUGACCAGCAAGCCGCACAGCGCGCUGGCCGACGCGCUGAAGGCCAUGGCCCUGGACGGGAAGUUCCUGCGGGCGGCCAGCCGGGCAGCCACCUGCCACUGCAGGCUGGGCAACUUCUCCGCGGCUCACCGGGUGGUGGAGACGGCCAUGGAGCGCGUGUCACUGGGCUCGCCGCAUUACCAGGACAUCUGCAAGAAGCUGCACGAGGUGGUGGACCUGGGAUCAAAGGCCCGUGCGGCAACGGCUGCCGCGGUGGCGGCCGCCGGCAACGGCGGCCGCGACAAGCUGCAGGAGGCGGCGGACGCGCUAGCCGCCAUACGCGACCAGGUGGCUUACUGCGACGUGGUGGCGGCGGCGCGGGCCGUGCUGGCGCUGCGGCUGGGCGCGGCGGCGGACGCGCUGGCGCUGGUGGCGCCGCACCCCGAGGUGCCGCCGGCGGAGCGCGCCGCGCCCUGGCGGCUGUGGCUGGUGGCGCAGGCGAGGUUCUUCAAGGGCGACCUGCAGGAGGCACUCACCACCUGCCGCGAGCUGCAGCUGCAGCUGCAAGCCAAGGGCGGCGCCGCCGAGGCCGACACCUCCUCCGGCGCCGCCGCCGCUGCCUACACCACGGCGGCGCACGUGGCGGUGCCGCCGGCGGCCGCGCUGGGCGAGCUUGCCGAUGCUAUUCAGCAGCUCAUAAAGCUCAAGGAGGACGGCAACGCCGCCUUCAAGGCAUCCAAGCACGCCGAGGCUUCGGAGAUCUAUAGCAAGGCGCUGUCCAGCGGCGCCUGCCCGCCCGCCUUCGCCUCGGUGCUGCACGCCAAUCGCGCCGCCGCCGCGCAGGGGCUGGGGCAGCUUGCGGACGCGGUGGCGGACUGCGGCCGGGCCCGGGCGCUGGACCCGACCUACUACAAGGCCAGCGCGCGGCUAGCAGGCCUGAUGCUGGAGCUGCGGCGGCCCGAGAACGCGCAGGGGCUGCUGGAAUCACUCACCAAGCUGGCGGGCGGCGACAAGGACAAGGACAAGGAGGUCGGGCCCAGCGCUACGGAGCUGGAGGCGAUCAAGGGCCGGCUGACCGAGGCCAAGGCGGCUGUGAGCUGGCAGAAGACGCCGCACCACUACAAGCUCCUGGGGUUGACAAACACCUGCAGUGAGGAGGAGGUGCGCAAGGCCUACCGCCGCCUGGCGCUCAAGCACCACCCAGACAAGGCCAUGUCCGCAGUCAAGGUGGCGCUGACGGUGCCGGGCGCGGCAGGCGCCUCGCCCUACAGCGGCCCCCUGGCGGCGGCCAGCGAGCUGGAGGCGCGGGUGCGGGACGAGGCGGCCUGGCUGUUCAACUUCAUCAACCAGGCACACGAGGAGCUGUCCGACAAGGCCCGGCGGCGCAAGGUGGACCAGCUGCUGGAGGUUGAGCAGCCGCCGGCGGCGCGGUACGGCGCCGGCUCGGCCUACUCGUCCAACCCCUACUCCAACGCCUUUGGCAGCGCCGGCGGCUCCCGGUACGGCGGCUACGGCGGCUUCUACGACCCGUCGUCCUACUUCUACCGGGCGGCGCCAACCGGCGCGGGCGCGCAGCGCGCCCGCACGGGUGCAGGUGCGGCCGGUGGCGCCAGCAGUGGAUACGGCUACGGCGGCUCGUAUGGAGGCGCCAGGCCUGCCGGUGCACGGCCACCAGCGGGCGGCAGCGCUGGCGGCGCGGCGGGCGCGGCGCGGGGCGGCGGCGGCAGCCGUCCGACCCACACGGCCGGUAGCGGCGGCGGCAACUACGGGGGGUACACGGGCCGUGCGGGCGCCGCGGGCACGGCCGGGCAGCGCAAGUGGUGGGAGGGCACAGAUUCCGAUGACGAGGAUCAGGACGCGUACCACUUCUAGGCGCUUGGUUUGUGACCGCCGCGCAGUUGCUAGCAAAGGUUGUUGUGCAAGGCGAAUGCGCAGGCGUACAGGCUUUCGCGUUGUGGCAACGCUGCCAACGGGACUGCGGGGCUGAUGCAUGCAGGCAGAAUUUCACCUCAGGAUGAUCGGGGUCCGACGUUUGGGGUCGUACCCUGGCUUUAGCGUGCGCAAGGGAAUUCCGGUACGCCCUACCUUCGAGGCGUGGGAAGCGCUCCUACUGGCUUCCACAAUUACGUGAGCUGUUUGCGACGUUACAUGAGGGGACCUGAGUGUGAUACGUGGCUGGCACUGCGGGGGCAUUGAAAGUGUUAAGGUGUACGGUGUAGGCUGCGUGCAUUGCCGAAUCGUAAGAGCUUUCGUUGAGCCCUAGGGCUGGUGCGAUGGGAUAGGCUAAGGGGCAGGUUGGCGCAGUCCUGUCGUGUGCAGCAUACUCCCAGACCCCAACAUUCAACAACCAAGUUGCGACAUUAAGGCAUGAGCGCGCGGCUGGUAGAACGCCGGAGUAACCGUACACUAGGCGUCGCUGGCGUGCUGGUAGGCUGGUACUGGUAGUUUGCUGACGCGCAUUCCUCACGCUCCGCCAUGCGAUUGCACCAGACGCACACACCGCAACGCCACACUCGUGGAGGAGAGUAGCAGCGCACCUGUAGAUAGUUAGGCUGUGCUGCGACGUGGACUCCCAAGGGAAAAGUGGGCUGCGCUCACGCCACGUCUCUAGUCUGAGGCCGCAAGCGUCUACCUCAUCUCCCGGACAUAGCCGGGGUCGGUUCGUACAGGCGCCGCCCGCCAUGCGUCCAGCCGCGUCCCGUUGUCACGCAGAAGCACAGCACGAGCAUAGCCCGUAAUCGACCAGACCCGGAUUUUCCCUGCUCCCUAGUUUGGCUUAGCCGAGCAGAGACGAGUAGGACUGGAACUGAGCUGUACUGGUAUACGUGGUUUCCUAGGUGCUGGGCGGGUUGUGGGACAGCAAUGUGUUUGUUUGCGCUGGAUGACGCAGCUACGACGACGUCCACC